AACAUCCCAGGCCUCGCGUUAUGGCCUCUGGAGGGGUCGCAGUUGGAAGGCACUGCGACGCUUCAGACGUCUCAACUUCGAUUUCCGCGUCCGUUCCGCUGAGAAGCUCUUACAUCAACCCAUACAUAGAUCCUGACGAGAAAGUUGUCGAAGAAACCUUUUGUACGUACAAGCACGUCAAUGAAAGCGGACAGUUCGGAAUUCUUUUUAUCACUAACAAGAAUUUAUUCUUCUAUCCUCUACAUGGUGACAUAACAGUGAGAAAGAUGCCAUUUGAGCUUAUUGAAGAAGUUCUGCUGGGCAGUGAGUUGACACCGAGCAUUACGGUUUAUUACAUUAAUGGAACUAAGAUUGCAAUGACUGGUGUGGAAGAACAGGACAGAAUUUUGAGUGUCAUUAAUGAGCAGUUGAGUGCAAUGGCAGCCAUUACAAAGCCUCCACCUUCCAGUGAACAAAACUACAGCUUCGUUAAUGUUCCUCUUGAAGACGAGCUGGGCAGUGAAAUAAUUGACGAUGAAGUGGAACACACUUGGAGUUAUGAACAGAGAAGUUCAUUUGGGUCAUCGGUUCAUCGUGAGGAACAAGCGACUGGAACGUCAUUGCGACAUGAAAGUGGUGGUAGACAGUUUGUGUUGGCUCUUGUUACUGGAGGCUCUAGUACGUUGAUAACAUUUACUCGUGGAUUGGGUGAACGGUCGGUGGGACGUCCAGGAAACUCAGAACAUCAUGGACCUAGAGAGUCACCAGUGACUUCAGCUAAAUCUGGAGUUAUAAUCGAAGAGCUGCCAUCAGAUGACGAGGGAAGUGGAAAGCCAGAGAAGAAAGAAACGGAAGAACAUGACCAUGUGACUUCCAAGACAGAAAUACAGUCGGGAAACAGUGAGGAUGCUUUACCUGAACUGGUGGAGUCACCGCCUAUGUCAUCAGAGGGAGAGGAGGAGACUGUCAUUAAUCUUUUGCCUAACCCUGAUAAGGAAUGGGAGGUAACCGCAGAUGACUUGAGACCAGAGAAAAAGACGUUUUCUAUUGACUCUGCACCAUCUGUAUUGUGGGACAAAAAUGCUUCCGAAAAGGCAAAGAAAAAACAACAAGAAAUUGACGAUGAUGAAAAAGACAUAGACACUACAGAACACAACUCAUUGCCACUUAGUUCUUAUAACGAUAGCACGUUGGCUGAUGAUGACACGAGUUCACUACAAAAUUCCAAGAACAGUCAACAUCCAGAGAAUCACGAAUCUGAUGAACGUCUAGCCAAUGAAGACACUUUAUCUGACAUGCGACUCGACUACAGUGGUGAUGACACUGAUCCCAUUCUUGCUCUGUUGAGAGCGCUAAGCAUGACGUCAAGAGACCCCAGCAAUAUGGCCAUGCAUGGUUCACGCUUGAACGAGUCUUCAUAUGGAGGACAGUGUCCAUACUUUAUGUCAGGAUACUGCAAUCGUGGCAGCAAUUGCCCACUUGACCAUGGUGAGGGUAUUCAGUUGGCUGACAUUGUGGAACAUGCGGCUUCUGAUGACGAAGAUGAUGAAGCUUCUUCAUAUGGAAAUGUAUUGCAGCGACAGCAGCAACAGCCAAGAAUGUCGCUUGAAGUGCAGUGCUACUCAAUCAUCUUCUGUGAUUUGCCUCAGAAUGUUGGUGACACUGAAAAUACUGAUCUUUUUAUUCUGCCUCGACGGCUGGUUCAGGCACUUGGAGGUGGAAUCUUUUUACCUCCAGCUUUCAAAGUUGAGAAUCCAGCCAACGGAAAGUUUGUGCAUGGCAGCUGUGCCCAACUUGUAUCGGUUCAGGAUCAUAUUACAUAUAUACCCAAUUGGAUGAUGAACUAUAUUGACGUGAAGGAUAGUGAUAAAGUCAUUUUGAGUGUUGCAGAUCUUCCUCGAGGUACAUUUGUGAGGUUUCAGCCAUUGUCGUCUGCAUUUUUGACUAUUCCAUUAGAUCAAAGACAGACUGUUUUGGAGCUUCAACUGAGGAGAUAUGUGACUUUGACCCAAGGAUCUGUUAUUCACGUGUCCUAUGAAAUGAACACGUAUGGUCUUCUAGUCUUAGAAUGCCAACCAGCUGAGAGCAUCGUCAUUAGAAAUGUUGAUCUUGCAACAGACUUUACAGAACCAAAAGAUUUCGAUGAGGAUUAUGAUCCACAGGAGGGCCAAGCUCAGAAGCUAGACCUGGACAAGCCGUUUAGAUGCACAGUACCUAAGGGUGAACAUCGACAUUUUGUGCUUUUGUGUUUACCUGGACAACCGUUUCCAUCUCGUGUGUGUGUGGAGAUAAAAGCUCAUUUGGGUGACCCGGAUCUUUUUCUUUCACAGGAGUUUAGUGCACCAACAAGAUCCAGAUACACGUGGGUUUGUCAGACAGUCGGGGACGUUUCUAUUGAAGUCGGAAAACAUACGUCUCAGUUCUCUUCAAACAAGGCACUUUAUGCGGGUGUUGGAGCACUCACUGAAGACGCAGAUUUUACGAUAUGUUAUAAACGAACUGACACAGCUGCAGCUGCAGAAGCUCGACGAGGUACAGGUGGUCAAGCUUUACGAGCAACAAACAACAACGGUGCCAUACUUGCAAGCGAUUUGGAAGUACAGCUGGCGUCUGGAGGACCUAAUGAUAAACAGUGUAGUCAAUGUGGCAUGUGGAUGCCAGAGUUUCGACUCGUUAUGCAUGAAAAACAUUGCACAAAGUCAACAUACAAAUGCCCGGCUUGCAAAGAGAUUAUGCCCAGAGAAAUGAAAGAGAAGCAUAAUAUCAUCUCUCAUGAAGACUUGAGUUGUCUCUGUGGUGUCGUUUUACCGCAGGUGCUGCUGCACGAACAUCAGAAAACAAGUUGCUCUAAACGUCCAGUUCAUUGCAGUAACAAGUGGUGCAAUUUGUCAGUUCCUUUGGAGCAGCUGGAGGACCACGAGUUCACAUGUGCCAAUCACGUUACUAAUUGUCCUAUUUGUCAGGAGGAGCUGCAAAACUGUCAGCUGGAAGACCAUCUCAUGUUACACCAUGAAGUAGACACGGACGAGUUAGACUGGGCACAACCAUUGUUUCCCCAGCUGAAACGUUAUCUUAAUAAAAAAGAUAACGACUCUGAUUCUAAUUUUGACGUUCCACGGCAUCCACUACCUGCAUCAGUGAGCAGCCAGUCGAGUGUUGUGCUUACAGACAACCAGGAAUCGUUAAGUUCAGUGCGGUCGUUGUCGUCCCAGAAUGACGACCAUGCAAGAACUCGAAUGCUUCCAGAGUCAGGGGAAGAUACGACGUUUGAGGUCGGUGGUGUGAUUGCAUCAAAAACGCCAGCAUCCUCAGAUGCUUACCAGAGGAUUGAUGAGAGACAAGGCAGCGGUGAUGCUGUUUGUUUUUCAAGCGUUUCUGAGUCGCCUACGGAUUUCGUUGUAUGUCACACGUGUUCUUGCGGAGAGAAAUUCGCUGCUGAAGACAAUAUGCAAGUCCACCAGCUCACUACAUGCAAGAACAGGGAGGAAACCGUUGCUGCUAUACCAUCCAGAGAUAUUCGAUUUGACACUGUCUUCAACAGUAGAAAUUCAGUUAAAGAUGCAUAUACGAACAGAAGCGAAGACUCGGCAUCAGAAACAGUCACCUCAACUGCUCCACCUCCGUAUCAGGCUACAGACACCCACGCAGCUCAAGACAUGGCAAACCAAAGAGACAAGCAGACAGCACAUUCAUUCCCAUCAAGCGUCGCUGUUUGCGUGUGUGCUUGUGGAAAAGAGUUUGCAACUGAAGAGAAAAUGGAAAUGCAUGAGCUGACUGAGUGCGACAACAGAGACAACAAGGUUGUAUUGGAGUCUGAUGCUAUGCAGGACGAUACGUCUACUGGAAAGAGAAUCGAAGAUAACCAGACACUCGGACAUGAGACAGCAGCAGAGACAGCAGCUAGUAUACCUACAGAUGCAGACCUGCAUUUGCCGAGAAUAGAAACAAAGCAGCCAGACAAACAACCGCCACUCGUCCUUCCAUCUGAUGGUCUGCAUGAUGGACUUAAACAAAAGAAAGAACCAGCAAAGCUUGUUGUGGUAAACACAGGCAGUUCUGUCUCAGCUGAUUUUCUUGACAAGAUAAGGAGGAAAGUGGCAAGAAGACAAGGUAUGGCGACGUCUACCUCGUCUGCAAGUCAACAACCCGUGGCAGCUGCUGUGAGAGUUGCUCCCAAUACGAGUGCAGUAACAGUGCAGCAACAGUCUGGGUCUAAUGUCGUGUCUCGUCCAAAGUUUGUAUUUGAUCCGAGCGUCUCUCUUGGAGUGAUGCGCUCCUUUCCUCGGCAACCCAAGUGUGAAUGUGGAAAACGGUUUGGCAAUGAAAAGUUGCUAGAAGACCAUAAGUUGGCCAGUUGUGAACAAGCGAAAGAGCAAGCAUCAGAGAUUGCCUCACCACAUGUUAGUACAGCAUCUACCAUCACACGUACAGUGGCACCUGUUUCCACAUCUUCAGUGGCGACUGUUUCACACCCUUUAGCAGCGUCAGUUUCAGCACCUCUGCGAGCACCCUUUGCAAUACCGACUGCCUCAAAACAAAAAGAUCUUGUUGUUAUACGUCGAGGUAACGAGACGACUGCUGGGGCACCAGCUACGAGUGACAACUCUGGGUUUGCUGAUGAUUUUCCGAGGAUUGAGGAGUGUAUGUGUGGGAAGAAGUUUCAUGAUGAAGUAGAGCUGCAGACGCAUCAGCUGACGGACUGUCCAAUGCGGGACGAUGUGGUGGCUGCUAUCGAGGGAGGACGUUAUAGCAGAUUAGGUCAACAUCCACACGCUGCAUUUGGUCAAUCAGCUGCUGAGGUGUCCACACAGGGCGGGAUGAUGUUGUCUAUGCUUGGCACGGCGGACAGUUCAGAUGGGAGUAGAACAUGUGCGUGUGGCAAACGUGCUGACAACGCCGAAGAACUUCAAGUCCACAUGCUUACGGAGUGUGAACUCAAAGACGAUUUAAUCGCUGAAAUCAAUGCAAAAAGCUCCGGCGAGCAUCUACAAUCGAGGCAAUAUGAACAAUCUCCCACAUCAAAUGGAAACUCUGGGAAUCAGCCAGUAAUGCGAGGUAUUCAAUCAUCGAGUCAAGACCCACAUGCAAUGUCUGGACCAGCGGCGUUAGCUGCUAUGCGUAGACACGGGGGUGGCGGCUCCCUUGGUGUGCUCAGUGGGGGUACACAGAGUGGUCCGUAUGCAUCGGAAGGACAACAGACGCACUACACGAAUUCAACUGCCAGUCGUUUGCAGCCUGCUCAACCGGAUCGGAUGUUUGGCUUACAUCAAUCGAGUUCUACAACAGGCAGAUUAACGUCAAACAGUCAGCACAAUCGAGCUGCUGCUGUCAGACAUUCUGAGAUAUGGGGUCCGCCGGUAAAUCCUUCUGGUACAUCUUCGGGUGCAUCGCAAGUUUCACAGGCAAGGGAUGAUGACAGCCAGGGUGGUAACACGCAGUCGAGUGGCUUUAAUGUUGAAGAGUUGCUGUUGCAGUAUAAGUGUGGCUGUGGGAAACGAUUUGCAACCCAAGAUGUGAUGGAAACGCAUCAGAUGACCAACUGUGAUAAACGAGAUGAUUACCUAAACAUCUACGGUCGCGAUUCAGUCAUGGACCCGCCCGAACCGGUACCGGAAACAACAGAGGAACAGACAUCUGAACCAUCAGAAACUACAAAGAAUGCCAGCGGGCCACACCCGAUUGGACGACUAGGUGGCAUGACCUCAAACAUGGAAUUCGGUUACCGUGAAUUCGGCGGCCCCCACGCCUCCAGUCUGAGACACACAGGAUUGGCAAGUGGUCCACAGAUACCCCAGAGAGCAUCCGGAGAUGUCCCUAGUGGUAGUAGUCUAGGAUCUGGAUUCGCACCACAAUAUUCACAAAUUUCGUCCGGGUUUGGUUCUUCAAGUGGCACAACAGAAACGGGCCGAAUGCAGCCGUUUAGCGGUGGCGGUCACGUGCUGGGUGGAAGUGGCGGUGCAAGCACAGGAGGUUUGCCAGAGAUGAGGCAACUGAUGAGUGUGCCGGGUCAUUUGAGUUUUGGCGACGGCGGCAUGAGACCUGGAGGCGUGACGGGUGACAUUAGUUUGAGAAAUCAGCAUUCAGGUGACAACCCUUAUGGGAGACAAACAACCGGAAGUCAAUUGUUUUACGAUUCUCGUCCUACAGGCUUUCCUGGUCACUCUUCUGGUGAAUUGUCACAUCAGUGGUCUUCUGGUGGACAAGAGCUCGGGCUUGGGUUGGAAUCUUCUACCGGAUCGGCAGCAAGCUCGAGACCAGCAAUGCAAUCAACGCAGUUUGGUCAACCUCCAGGACAUGCACUUUUUUCGAGUCGGCCAGGCAGUGGAUUCGACACGUCUAGUGGUGUGGGUUCUAGUCAAUCUUCGUUUGGAUCAUUUGGUGCUACAGGAGGAGCAGACGUUGGUAUGACAGGUUUUGGAUCUUCGAAGAAUGCACCGUUUAUGGACACCGGCAAUCCACAAGCGCCAGCAAUGAACCACAGGAUGACGAAUCCUUCGAUGCUUGUGGAAGGAACGCGUCAGGGGGGAAGUGCAUUAGGAUCGUUUCAGACACCGACAACCUUUGGUGCCGUACCACGUCAAGCAGCACCAAUGGGCGGCGGACAAGUCGGUGGACAGAGUAUAGGAGGACAAGGACAAUUUGGAGGUAUUGGACAGUUACCCGGAGAAAGGUCGUUUGGUCAUGGAACACUGAAUGGUGGACAGUCUGGUGGCGGUCAAUUUGGUGGCAGCCAAUUUGGUGGCGGCCAGUUUGGUGGCAGUCAAUUUAGUGGCAGCCAAUUUGGUGGCAGCCAAUUUGGCGGGAGCCAAUUUGGUGGCAGCCAGUUUAAUGGCGGUCAGUUUGGUGGCGGCCAGUUGGGUGGCAGACAAUUUGGUGGAGGAGGUCAGUUUGUGGGUGGAGCCCCAAGGGGUGCAGCACCUCAGAUGAUGCCACAGAGUGUACCUUGUACGUGCGGCAGGAAGUUCGGAGUAACUGAUGACGAGCUCAUAGAACUGCAGACUCAUUUGGUCACCGACUGUCCUCAUCGUGUGCAACACGAACAGAGUGUUAAUCCAAUUGAGCAGUUGUUGGCACAAGCAACGCAAGGUGCAAGAUGAGACAUUUUGAUAAGGCAGUAUUGGGUUUUGUUAACGCAUUUCUAGGCUUCAAUUCUAAUCAUCUGACUUAAUAGUCGUUUCGUUGGUUUUUUUCAGUCGAUCAUUUUUCGUCAUCUUUUUACAGUAGGUUUACUGUCUAUAGCGAAAUUUGUGUCGUUUGGUUAUGCUGUUGUACUAGUAGGUUGUGAACUGAUGACAGUUUGCUUAUUCAA